AUCUUCUCCCCCUAUCAUGUCUCUCUCUCUCUCUCUCUCUCUCUCUCCCCUUCAAUAGUUUGGCAAAUUCAACCAAACUCCAAUUAUGAAUUACAAAGAAAACCUAUCAAAAUUUUGAUAAAAGAAAAGUUUUCUUUUUUUGGCCGUUGCUUAAUCUUUGGCUAACUCCAAAUCCAACAUACACCAUUUUCUCUUUCUUCCCCUCUAAGCAUCACCCACCAAAUAAACAAAAUCCAUACUUUCUAUCUUAUGUGCUUAUCCACCCAAAAAAUGAGUAUCAUAUAACAUGAUUGUUCUUCCUAAGAUGGUGGAGAUUUCAAGAACCUCCAAGAAAAAAAGGUUCUUGAAUUUCAAUAUCAUCAAUCAUAGAAAAAAUACACUAAUUUGCUUCAAAUCUUCCAAAUACCUUCUUCUUUCUACUUGUUUUUCCUUCUAUGUCUUCGCUUCUUUUCUCCUAACCCAUAAUAAUAACCCAAAUCCAAAUCUAAUUCAUCAUCUCUCCAAUUCCAAACCCUUUCCUUCAAAAGCUCUUGUUGAAUCCACUUUUGAUUUUCAUGACAAUACCAACGACUUGAAAAUUUUCGUCUACGAUUUGCCGCCCGAAUUCAACGCCAAUUGGCUUUCUGACGCUCGGUGCGGUGGUCAUUUGUUUGCUUCUGAGGUGGCCAUUCAUAGGGCUCUUUUGACGAGCCAUGUAAGGACUUUGGACCCUUCUGAAGCUGAUUUCUUCUUUGUUCCUGUUUAUGUUUCUUGUAAUUUUAGCUCCUUUAAUGGCUUUCCGGCUAUUGCCCAUGCUCCUUCUCUUUUGGCCUCUGCUGUCGACGUCAUCUCCGGCCAAUUCCCGUUUUGGAACCGUAGCCGUGGCUUAGACCACGUCUUCGUUGCUUCUCAUGACUAUGGCGCUUGUUUCCAUUCCUUGGAAGAUAUGGCAAUAGCAAACGGAAUACCGGAAUUCUUGAAGAACUCAAUCAUUUUACAGACUUUUGGAGUCAAAUCUAAGCACCCAUGUCAAGAUGUUGAGAAUAUUUUAAUACCACCUUAUAUUUCGCCGGAAUUCAUGGAAUCCGCCGUCGUUGACGGCCGCCGGAGAGAUAUAUUCGCGUUUUUCCGGGGAAAAAUGGAGGUCAAUCCCAAAAACGUCAGUGGCCGAUUCUACGGCAAUCGUGUUCGGACGGCGAUUUGGAAGAAAUUCCACCGCAACCGGCGGUUUUACCUCAGAAGGCAUCGAUUUGCCGGUUACCGGUUAGAGAUUGCCCGUUCUGUUUUUUGUUUAUGUCCUUUAGGGUGGGCCCCGUGGAGUCCGAGGUUGGUUGAAUCAGUUGCACUUGGUUGCGUGCCGGUCAUCAUAGCCGACGGUAUCCGUUUGCCGUUUCCUGCCGCCGUGGACUGGCCGGGAAUAUCGUUGACGGUAGCAGAGAAAGACGUCGGAAAAUUGGGGAAAAUUCUCGAACGCGUGGCGGCGACCAAUCUCACCGCCAUUCAAAAAAACCUUUGGGACCCCAAAAAUCGGCGGGCCCUACUGUUCCAUAACCCAAACCAACCACAAGACGCCACGUGGCAAGUUCUAAGUGCCCUGGCGGAGAAGUUGGACAGGUCGUUUAGGAGUCUUAGGGUUCUGAACCAAUAAAAGGAAGAAACGUAGGAUGCCAGAUGCAUGUGUUCACUGGAUACAAAAAUGUUUUUUGGCUUCACCGGGACAGAUGGAGGGUUAUUAUUUGAAGAGGCGACACGUGACUAAUGGUAAAGAGUUGGUGGUUAGAAAUCGGUUUGUAACUUUAAGGGAAAUAGUUAGUUAAAACUUAAAAUGGGAUGGUGACAUCCAACCCCUACAGCAAAUAAAAAAAUCCACAAUUUUGUAAA